GUUUUCGCAGCAGAGGAGCUGGAGUCCAGUCUGGCUGCUUCAGAGGAGACACAGACCCGCUAUGUCCCGAACUGCCUGGUGCAGGGUGACAACACUGAAGGAGAAGCAGCUGAGUUAAUUGCCAUUUCAUCCUAAAGAGGAUUGAUGGACCUCCAUUAUGGCCAAGUGGACAUGAUUCUACAUUCAGCUCCUGUGGCAAAAUGUCGAAUAUGAUUUACCUGACUGCCAUUUUGUACUUGCCUGUUUUACUGUUUGAGGCAUUUGUGUUGUCCAAAGGCAAGUAUGAGAGGUCAGUGGUGCCGAGUUCGGCCUCUCGCCUGGUGGCGAGGAUGGACGGGGAUAUUAUAAUCGGCGCCCUCUUCUCUGUUCACCACCAACCAUCGGCUGAGAAGGUGGCAGAGAGGAAAUGCGGGGAGGUCCGCGAGCAGUACGGCAUCCAAAGAGUGGAGGCCAUGUUCCACGCCUUGGAUCGGAUUAACUCUGACCCAAACUUGUUACCCAACAUCACCCUGGGCUGUGAGAUCAGGGACUCCUGUUGGCAUUCCUCUGUGGCUCUGGAGCAGAGCAUCGAGUUCAUACGAGACUCCCUCAUCUCCAUCCGGGAUGACAAGGACGGCUCCAGGUGGUGCAUCGAGGGGGUUCCUUCCAGUCAGCCUCCACCAACCAAGAAGCCCAUUGCAGGGGUCAUUGGGCCUGGGUCCAGCUCUGUUGCAAUUCAAGUCCAAAACCUUCUGCAGCUGUUUAACAUCCCUCAGAUUGCCUAUUCUGCAACCAGUAUUGACCUCAGUGACAAGACUUUAUUUAAGUACUUCCUCAGGGUGGUGCCCUCAGACACCCUUCAAGCCAGGGCCCUUUUGGACAUCAUCAAACGAUACAACUGGACCUACGUGUCUGCAGUGCACACCGAGGGUAACUACGGUGAAAGUGGGAUGGAAGUGUUCAAAGAGCUUGCCUCGCAGGAAGGCAUCUGCAUCGCCCAUUCUGACAAGAUCUACAGCAACGCUGGCGAGAAGCACUUCGACAGGCUGCUGAGGAAGCUGCGGGAGCGUCUGCCUAAGGCCCGAGUUGUUGUCUGCUUCUGUGAAGGCAUGACAGUCCGAGGGCUGCUCAUGGCCAUGAGACGGCUCGGAGUAGCUGGAGAGUUCCUCCUAAUUGGCAGUGACGGCUGGGCAGACCGAGUCGAGGUGGUCGAGGGAUAUGAACAGGAGGCUGUGGGCGGCAUCACCGUGAAGCUGCAGUCUGAAGAGGUCUCCUCCUUCGACGACUACUUCCUGAAACUCAGGCUCAGCACCAACACCCGCAACCCGUGGUUCCCCGAGUUCUGGCAGUACCGGUUUCAGUGCCGCCUUCCCGGACACCCGCAAGAGAACAUGAAUUAUGCACGGAACUGCUCAGGUUAUGAGAAUCUGGAGGACAACUAUGUUCAAGACAGCAAGAUGGGCUUCGUCAUCAACGCCAUCUACGCCAUGGCCCACGGGCUGCAUGACAUGCACACUCACCUCUGCCCCGGCCACGUGGGUCUCUGUGAGUCCAUGAAGCCCGUCGAUGGCAGCCACUUACUGGACUUCCUGCUCAAGACGACCUUCAUGGGUGUUUCUGGAGAAGACAUAUGGUUCGACGAGAACGGAGACUCACCUGGGAGGUAUGAGAUUAUGAACUUCCAGCGUGUAGAGCCUGGUGUUUAUGACUACAUCAACACUGGCUCCUGGCACGAGGGCUUACUCAGUCUUGACGAUGACAUGUUCCAGAUGAACCACAGUGACAUGGUCCGCUCUGUCUGCAGUGAGCCCUGCUCCAAAGGAGAGAUCAAGGUGAUCAGGAAGGGAGAAGUGAGCUGCUGCUGGAUCUGCACAGCCUGCAAAGAUAAUGAAUACGUCCAGGAUGAGUUCACAUGCAAGGCCUGUGAGCUGGGCUGGUGGCCUGAUGAAGAACUGGAAGGCUGUGAGCCAAUCCCCCUGCGCUACCUGGAGUGGAGUAACCCAGAGUCCAUUAUCCAGGUGGUCUUCUCCUGUGUGGGCAUCCUGGUUACAUCAUUUGUUGCCUUUGUCUUUGUCUUGUACCGCGACACGCCUGUGGUCAAAUCCUCCAGCCGGGAGCUCUGCUACAUCAUCUUAGCAGGCAUCUUCCUGGGCUAUGUGUGUCCUUUCACCCUCAUCGCCCGCCCCACCGUGGCCUCCUGCUACCUCCAGCGGCUUCUCGUUGGACUCUCAGCCGCCAUGUGCUACUCCGCCCUGGUGACCAAAACCAACCGCAUUGCCCGCAUCCUGGCAGGCAGCAAGAAGAAGAUUUGCACCAGGAAGCCGAGGUUCAUGAGUGCUUGGGCUCAGGUGGUUAUCGCCUCCAUCCUGAUCAGUGUCCAGCUCACCUUGGAGGUUACCCUCAUCAUCAUGGAGCCGCCUGAACCCAUCAAAUCCUACCCCAGCAUCAGAGAGGUCUUCCUGAUCUGCAACACCAGCAACCUUGGUGUUGUUGCCCCUCUGGGCUACAAUGGCUUGCUUAUCAUGAGCUGCACCUAUUACGCCUUCAAGACCCGCAACGUCCCCGCAAAUUUCAACGAGGCCAAAUACAUCGCCUUCACCAUGUACACCACGUGCAUCAUCUGGCUGGCGUUUGUGCCCAUCUACUUUGGCAGCAACUACAAGAUCAUCACAACAUCUUUCUCCGUGAGCCUCAGUGUGACUGUGGCUUUGGGCUGUAUGUUCACACCAAAGAUGUACAUCAUCAUUGCCAAACCGGAGCGAAACGUGCGCAGUGCGUUCACCACCUCUGACGCUGUGCGCAUGCACGUCGGCGACGGCAAAAUCGCCUGCCGAAGCAACAGCCUGCUCAACAUGUUCAAGAGGAAGAAGAACGCUGGGAACGGCAGUUCUAAUGGAAAGUCUGUGUCAUGGUCUGAACCAGGUGCAAGACAUCCUCCAAAAGGGGAUCACAUGUGGCACAGACUGUCAGUGCAUGUGAAGAGACAGGAAGCAGGUUCCAAUCAGAUGGCUGUCAUCAAACCCUUAACUAAUACCUACCAUAACACAGCACUGGAGUUCUCAGACCUCAGCACUAAGACUUUGUACAAUGUGGCUGAGGAGGACGAGAGUGAGCCGAUCACAUACAACCCCCCCGCCACUCCCCCCAUGAUGACCCACGGGCAGAUGCCUGCUUGUGGGCUGAUAAAAGAUGUGGGCGAGGAGGUGGAGCUCUACACCCCUGAGCAUCUCCAGAAAAAUAGUAUUAUCCCCCAACAUGUCAUCGUGGACCACCUGCAGGAGGAGGUGGUGGUGCGCAAAUUCAACAGUGACAUCCCUCAGCUCAAUGAUAUGAUAAGCAUGCCUGAGGCCGUGAGCGGCGGCAUGCCCGUGUACCACCAGGCCCACCUCAUCCAGCAGGACCCGGUCCUGCCCGCCCAUCUCGACCCGUUCGACGAGGAGCCCGCCUCCCCUUUAGAGGAGGACGAGAUGGAGAACGAGCAGUUCGGCCUUCUCCACGGCUACAUGUACAACAACGCACAGAUUCACGACGAGGAGGACCUGGUCGAGGUCAAAUUAGCUAUGGGGGACUCUCUGGCUCUGAUGCCCCCCUCCCCCUUCCGAGAUUGCGCUGCUCCUCCCGUGAGCCCCUUCCCCAACUCGCCGGUGUCCGAGUCGAUUCUGUGCACUCCUCCAAAUGUGACAUACGCCUCUGUCAUCCUCAAAGACUUCAAGCAAAGCUCCUCAACUCUGUGAGGGCACACGCUUAAAAUAUUGCCAGUUGUACUAUAUUUUCCAAUUUAUAAUGACUUGUGCUGUAUAUGAUUAUAUAUAUAAGGAAAAAGUCAUCCUGUGGUCUUACAAGUCAUUUUUCACUCUAUAAAUUAAUAGCUUUUACAUGAUAAGGGUGAAACACAAAGCGCCACAUUUUAAAAUUCUUUUAGAUGUUAGAUGAAAGAAUUUGCCUAUUACAAACAUAUAUUUCUAUGCUAACAUAAGCUUUUAGGAUAAAAAUAGACUUUCUUCUUAUGAGACCAAUAACUAAGAUUGUCUAUGUAUGUACUUUUAUGAAUUAAUGUCAUUUAAAUAGAUUUAUUUGACAAACAUAGGUGAUGUAACAAGCAGGUGAGUUUUAAACAGGGCGACUUAAUGGUGAAUAUAGUUUGUAUGUGACGCAAAACGAUUCAAUUUGACAGUAUUUUAAGAAAAUGUGUUUGUGUUACUCAGUGCGUGUUUUAUCAGGAAAAGAAAGACAUGAAGAGAUUUAAAGGAACAGU